UUCCAUGGUGUCCGAGGACAGUGCUGUAUCCAACGUGGGGGUCAGCAGCCAGUGUUGCCCCGACAGAGCUGCCAACCCUGCGUACAAGAACGGCCGACGCUUCCAGGAGCUGCAGAUGUUGAUCCUGCCAUUCAUCCCCAUCCUGGCACUGAUAUGUCAGACUAUCUACUACCUCCAGGACGUGCUGGUCUACCACGAGGAGGUGUCAGCUGUAGAGAUGCAGGUGACAAUAGCUACAGAGCUAGGCAAAGUCGUGACGAGUCUACAGGUAGAAAGAUCUGAAGUAGCAUUCUUCAUAUUCACCAACGGAAGCACUCUCAGGUCCAACUUGACUCAGAGGUUUAGAGCUACAGACCAAGCAUUGACAGACAUGACAGCUUGGCCUCCAGUCAGCCUAGAAGACACAGGACUACAGCCCAUGACCAAGGAGAAAUGCCAGGAGGAGAUCAAGAGCUUCAGGUCACCCGACUCUUUAACUUUAGAGAAAAUCAGUCCAGAAGAAAGUCAGAUGAAGGACGUACUGAGAUGGUACAACACUGUCAAUGCAGCACUGUUGAGUCACCUCACAGCUCAGAUCAAGGAAACUGACAACAGUGGUGUCUGGAGGUUACUGAUCGCAUUCAAGAACCUUUUGAGAAGUAUAGAAAACUUUGGUAUCUCAAUGGUCUACGGCAUUAACUACUUUGGUGCAGGAAACUUACACGGAAAAAGCUACAUCAAAUUUGUAAAACACUCCUUCAUUGGACAAGAUGUUCUCAACGCAACAUUCCAUUAUGUACCUCAACUGCGACAUGUCUACUUCAAUCUGAACAGAACAAUGAUGAAGGAUAUCGACUCCAGGAGACAAGAGAUUCUAGGAAAUGAACCAAUGAAGCCAAAUGUGGAACAAGCAAAGGAUUAUUUUGAUCUGAUGGCAAACUAUGCUACUGAGCUGCGGAAACUGCAAGGACACAUCCGACAGGAUAUUAGGGAGUAUGUGAAUAACACAUUGAUUGAUGCCAAGAGUAAGGAGCUGAUGGGGAUAUUCCUUCUUGGUCUGGUUCUUCUCAUUUCUCCAAUAAUCAUCAUACUUGUUCGGAAAGCUGUGGCAACAAUUCAGAUGUAUGCGAGUCACCUACAAGAAAAAGCAAGCGAACUGAAAAAGGAGAAAAGAAAAAGCGACAUGCUUCUUUACCAGAUGUUACCUCCAAGUGUUGCCAUGCAGCUGAAGCAGAAUGAGCAGGUACCAGCUGAGUACUAUGCCUCUGUAACUAUUUACUUCAGUGAUAUUGUCGGCUUCACAAAAAUAGCAGCAGAAAGUACACCAUUGGAGGUUGUAACCUUCCUCAACUCAAUCUACAACAUGUUUGAUGAACGUAUAGAGUGUUACGACGUGUACAAAGUUGAAACCAUUGGGGACUCUUACAUGGUCGCCUCUGGCCUACCUGUCAAAAAUGGCAAACGCCAUGUGUCGGAGAUUGCGACUAUGGCACUAGACCUUUUGGCCGGUUCCCUCCACUUCCCUGUGCCCCACAGACCCGCUGAGCAUCUACAGAUCCGCAGUGGUAUCCACACAGGGCCCGUUGUGGCGGGGAUUGUGGGCAGCAAGAUGCCUCGCUAUUGUCUCUUCGGAGACACCGUUAACACUGCUUCUCGUAUGGAAUCCACAGGGGAAGCUCUGAAAAUUCACAUCAGUUUAGAAAUGAAGAAGGCAUUGGAUGAUGUUGGGGGCUUCCGAACUGAGCAUAGAGGAUAUGUAGACAUAAAAGGCAAAGGAGUGCUGGAUACUUAUUGGCUGACUUGCAAAGAAGGAGUGAUGGCUUCUAGUGACAAGGAAAAACUCUGUCUGGAGUAUUCGUAUCAAGUUUGACAUAUUGAUUGAAUCUUAAAUAAUAAUGUCCUCCAUGAUUUAAAUCACAAUGCUACUGCUACUGGGUGGAUUUUAGCAGUAUGUAAAUUUUUAAAGUGUAAUGUAGCCGUGAAAAAACUGUAAGGAAAUAUUCCUCGGCUUCUCCAAUUGCCUUGAAAGUUACAGAAUACAGAGGAUGAAGAUAUUAUGUAUUUUUUAACCCCUUUAUGACAAAGGGUUAUUUAAAGUUCCAUAUAGUUUGAAGAUUCCAUUAGGUAUUUAAAACAGUGUUAUAAUAUUUUAAUGUUUAAGUCUCUUGUAAGGGUACAGUCCAGACCUUAGUCAUGUUAUUUAUAACACCAACCCUCUGUUAACUUACAGUUCCUUUACGAUCUAAUUUAUAAUUUUGUUGCGUUUUAGGCAUCAAACAACUAUGUAGUUAAAUAUUAGUGAUAUAAUAUAAUAAACUGUCGUUACUGUGAGUGUGUUCAUGAACAAAAUA